AAUUCGCGGGGAGGGCAUACAUUGGGUUGUUGGAGCAGAGACUCCUUGCGGCGGUGACCGUGACUUUGACUAUGGCUACUAGAGUGGCUCUUCUUGCUGGUACCCAAGUCGGGCAUCAGCGUAUACCAAGAGUCCUCGUACAUGGUGUUGACAGAGCUCAAGGGUUCGUGGGAGCUCGUGUACUGUAACUCAGAAGCCACGCAACAGGCGUUGAAUGUUAAAGUCGGAGCUAACGCGGCCGAAGGGCCGAUGGGCGUUAAAAUAUGGGGCAAUAUCUGACAACAAGACCCUGCAGGCUGCAGCAUAGCAUGUGGCGGGUGCUUCGAUCUGUCUGUGGCACAGUUCCAUCUUCCUUAGCAGACCUGCCACAGCCCAAAGAAUUUUGCUGACCAUUAUCCAUCCGUAAAUAAGUUAGCUACUGUGGAAGCUUCAGCUCUAUGACCUCACAACAUUUUCUCCUUCAUCGGGAGGGCGACAUUGGGUUCAACUUCUUGAUGCAAUUUGAAAUCUCUCAGACCAGAUAUUACCAAUUACAUUGACUCACGACCCUUACUAGCGAGUUUUCAAAAUGAACGUUUCUCGAGCGACUCUUGGGCGAGCUGUUGCCCGCUCCCAAGCUCGUCAGCCUCUUACUGUAUCUCGGCGCCAAUGGGUUCGCCACGCCCACGAUUAUGGCAGCGAGUAUUCUCAGCCUCCUCGCAACCGCGGCGGUAAAAUCAUUAGUUUUGCAGCCGUCUUUGGUCUUGCUGCUGCUGGAGCCUACUUUUAUCCCAUAUUGACUGGAAAGUCUUCAGCACCUAUUGAAGCCGAGAAGAGUGAAGUUCCUACCAAGGCAGAACUCGAGUUUGAGAAGCCUCGCAAGAAAGUCAAGUCCAAAGAAGAGAACCGAGAUCUCAUCAGCUCCCAACAUCUCCAAGUUAAGAAUAGUUGGGAGCAUCCUGGAGUUUAUGCCUGGGGCUCUAAUGUUGGAAAGGUCAUUGAUCCAAACUCCAAUGAAAAAUAUGUCAAAGUACCUCGGAGAAUUUCUUUCUUUGAUGACAAGGUUCUCAGGGACCUCAAGUUGACAUCCAUAUUUGGCGCAGCAGUCACUGAGAAGGGUGAUCUCGUUCAAUGGGGCUUGGGCUACAACCAGCAAGACCCUUCGCCCGUGCCUACACUUGUAGGCAAAGAUCUUGUCAAAAUUGAUGUCUCGCUUGAUCGAAUUAUUGCUCUGUCGCGCAACGGCAAUGUGUACUCUAUACCUGCGUCUCGCAACGAUCAAGAGGGUGGUCUGAAAGAAGAACAGAAAAGGUCCUCCUGGUCUAUAUGGGGAUCUGGUGGUGCCCGAGAGAGCAUACAUUUCCGCAAUCUGACACCCUCUGGUCUGUCAUAUGGUGAGACCGUGAAGGACAUCAGCAGCGGCCAGGAACAUUGCCUCAUGCUCACCUCCAAAGGGCGUGUCUUCUCCGCUGCUGCCAGUGCCCUCGAGUUUCCUUCCAAGGGACAGAUGGGUAUUGCGGGUUUGAAUUGGCAUAACAGGCCCAAGGGACCUUACGACCAACCUCACGAAAUUACAACUCUCAAGGGAUUCGACGUGGCACAGAUUGCAACUGGUGAUUACCACUCGGCUGUUCUUGACAAGGCUGGACGUAUUUUUGGAUUUGGCGACAACUCAUUCGGCCAGCUUGGAAUCGAUACCGACUUUGGCCUUUCAGUUUCUGACACCCCGGUGAUGGUUCCUACCAAUCUGUCCUACGCUGGCACUGGGCUUGUCCCAACGGUAACAUCCAUAGCGGCGGGUGGGAACAAUACUUUCUUCACUGUGGAUGCGAAAACCACGACAGUUCCUGGCAACACAAAAGCUCUUGCUCCGGCGAGGAGGCUUCCUCCCGUGACUACAGAUCUGUGGGCUUGCGGUCAAGGAGUGUACGGAACACUGGGCACUGGUCGAUGGUCACACGUCUCGCCCAAGCCGACCAAGGUGAAGGGUCUUUCGUCGCUGUUCGAGUUUGACGAGAAAACCAACAAGAUGAGCCCCAUUAAACUCAAGUCUCUGUCAGUUGGGGCCACUCACUGCUCGGCUGUCAUGGACAAUGUCACCGAAGUCUCGGUCACGGGCCAAGGGACCGAGAACGAGACCAACUGGGGAGCAGACGUCGUAUUCUGGGGUGGCAAUGAGCACUAUCAGCUUGGCACCGGAAAACGAACCAACUUGAACGCUCCAGCUUAUAUUGCAGCUCUGGACAGCGCAGCCGAUGCUCGUAAGGAGGGUUCACCAGAUUUCCACCGGCUGUCCGUGACUCCUCGCAAGACAAUCCGUCUGGACGGUGGAAAGGGCCGAAAGGUCUCGUUGGAACAAAAGAUUGAGUGUGGCAAGUACGUGACUGGCAUCUACUCUGCCGUGUAAAGCGAGUGACACGGCAAACAACUCAAUUUGUAAGAACAGACUCGCCUCAUUGUAUUAUAAGAAACAUGUAAUCGACAGAUUGUAUCCGCGUGGAUAUGAUUGGGCGUUUGGGAAUGGGAUAAUUCAGCUAUGACUUGAAAUGUUAAAUGCAACUUGGGCAUAUUCCUUGCAACUGAUUGACUGAUAGGCUCAGCUGACCUUACCUGAAAGAUCCAAUAGUGGUCUGAAGCAGUCAUAUGAUGGCUCACACUACUUUUGGGAAUGAAACACAGAAACAUGUGAAUGAUACAUAGUUGAGACAUUAUAGAAACAUGCUCAAUCUGGUUAUUUUUCCAGCAAUGACAGUUACAAUUGAAAGGCGAUGAUUGGCUAAGCUUGGUAGAUCCUUGGGCAUAUCACAAUAACACCUGUUGGCAAUUUUCAUCUGAACAUCCUUGGACAUCUUGCACUUAUACAGGGGUUCAUGAGAUGUAUAUGUACUGUCGUAUGAAUCAUGUUAGUGUGAACUAGGGAGCAACACGAGGAUUGAUCAUGUUGAUCCAGUCGAUGCCACGCAAGCAAAUGCCGCUGAGUCAUGAAGAUAAAAUCGAGAAUAGAAUAGAAUGAGGCACAGAUCGUGGAGGAGUACCCUGUAAAGAUGGUGGUUAAUAGGGAGUUGGUUGC